AUGAUGAAAGUGUUGGGCCCGGAGGAGUACAGAGUAUGUUUUAAACUCAGAGUUUGAAUUUUGAUUGUGACCCUUUCAGAUCAACCUGCUGAAAGGAAAGAACAGUUCGAACUCAACGAGUACCACAGAAUAUCAGUUCAGUUGGUGGCUGCUUCGCCACACCAACAGCUCCGUGAAGGAAUGUUCUAUUUUCCAGAGGGUGAGCAUGACUUCUUGACUUUAAAUCUGAAAUAUAUUGUAGAAAAUCACAAUGAUCUACGGGAGGGAAAGAUAAAUGAGAUAACAGAAGCGGAUCUGGACAAGCUCGGAUGGUACAGACGGGUGGGAAACGAUUGGACCGUGGCCACGAGUGGACUGCUUCUCAGGAAUGCUCAUGUAGGUUUUAAACAGAUCAGAAUUGAACACAUUGUUUCUGUUUUUCAGAAAGUGGUUAUCAAAAAUUGCAAAGGACAAAUGCACAUGGAUCAGUUCUCUGGAACGAAGAACUUUGUGCUCCGGGGGACUCAGUACAACGACACUUACAGUAAGGGGACCGAUUUGAAUGCAUUGAAACUUUAAAAUGAUUCAGAUGAGAAACGAGUGAGCGAGAAUAACUUUGUAAGAAGUGUGAAAGUGGACGAGGGGACUCGCGAAGUGACGAUAACUCACGAGCACGGAACUGCCGUUCAGGUCUCUCUGAAGACCGACACUCGCCCGAAUCUCACGAAGAGCCAGUCCGUGCUGGCCAACUUCACAGGCAGCAUCACACUGGACCACGACGGAAACAGAAUGCUUAACGUCACUUUCUUCGGGGUAAAGGGAACGGUGCACAUCAAAAUGUACACCAACGAUCGGAAGCUGAUCGCCACGUUCGCCUGCACAGCUCAAUGUGAGUUCUUCACAGUUCCAAAAGUCCCUUCUGAUUCAUUUCUUUCAGUUGGCACGACGGUAAAGGACGAUGGCAGCCGGAUCAGCCUGCCGUCCUCCAUAAAUCAGGCGCAAUGGGUGUGCAUUCUGCCGGAUGAGCAGCCGGCGAAAACGGAGAUUUGCAAGUGGAUUCCUUACGAGGAGAAGGCGAUGCGGGCGCCGAGGCAGGAGCAAAGAUGGUCGGAGGGACACUCUCCGUGCUCGCAGACUGAGUGAGACCUUUCAUUUGCAGCGGUUCCAUUAGUGAUCUGUUUCAGAUGCAACACGCUAAAAGGCGGGUUUAGCGAUUUGUUCCCUUGGAUUGCAAACUUUGAGUACCUUUACUCUCAUGGCGGAGGGCUCAAUGAGGUAUGUUAAAAUCUAGCAAUCGCGCUUUACAGCACUCUGGAAGUUCUGUAGAGCGCGAUGACGACAAUUACGUGCACUUCUUAUCCCCAAAGUUCGUUUUUAGUGGCUCAAAGUGAUAUUCCAUCUUCUGGUCGCAGCCGUCCUCAUCGUUCUUCUGAUUCUUCUGAUGACCAAAGUCGUCAUUCCGUUAUUCCGAUGCGCAUUUUCAGUGCCCUUCUGCAGUUCUUCGUCUAAAAAAGCCCGAAAAUAG